GAGCUACCAGGCCCGGGAGCGCGAUGUGGAGCGCUUCUUUAAGGGCUACGGGAAGAUUCUGGAGGUGGAUCUGAAGAACGGGUGGGGAAAAAUCAAGUGCAGACUGAGCUGUGGCCAACGUUUGCAGACCAGGAAUCCACACUAGCUCUAAUCAGAGAGCUCUUGGUGUGCAGGAACUGCCAGUUUGCCGACGUGAAAAGAGCCCCAGACUGGGUAUUGGUGAGCCCUGAAGUCGCACCCCAGCUCUGCCACUCAGUGAGCACGGCACCAUCCCUAAUCCUGACCAGCCAUGGAGAGGUUCGGUUCUUACAAGGAAAAUGAGUGAAUGUGGGAAUGGCUCACCACAUUGGGAAAACAAAACACAUCCUGCUGAUGGUUGGCUGAGGACUGUCAUGUCCACAUACAGAGAAAAGCAUGUGGCACAGUUUUAGGACAAAGAUAUGGCUUUGUGGAGUUUGAUGAUCUGCGAGAUGCAGAUGAUGCUGUUUAUGAAUUGAAUGGCAAAGACCUUUGUGGUGAGCGAGUAAUUGUUGAGCAUGCCCGCGGCCCACGUCGAGAUGGCAGUUACGGUUCUGGACGCAAAUCCUUUGAGGCUAAGAUGACUGCCUGUUCCAUUUGCUGACCUUGGGUUACCUUUCCAUGCGUGGCUCUUUGAACCAUUGUGGCCCUUGGCUGACCAAAAACAGGAAGCCAUGUGACGACCGCAACCUUUCCCCAUUAGACCUGGGUGGUGGAUAUGGUUAUAGAAGAAGUGGCCGAGAUAAGUAUGGCCCUCCUACCCGCACAGAAUACAGACUUAUUGUGGAAAAUUUGUCAAGUCGAUGCAGCUGGCAAGACCUAAAGGAUUAUAUGCGUCAGGCAGGAGAAGUGACAUAUGCAGAUGCUCACAAGGGACGCAAAAAUGAAGGGGUGAUUGAAUUUGUUUCUUACUCCGAUAUGAAAAGAGCUUUGGAAAAGUUAGAUGGAACUGAAGUCAAUGGCAGAAAAAUCAGAUUAGUCGAAGACAAGCCUGGUUCUAGACGGCGCCGGUCCUACUCCAGGAGCCGGAGUCACUCCAGGUCUCGCUCUCGAAGCAGACAUUCUCGUAAGAGCAGAAGCCGAAGUGGCAGCAGCAAAAGCAGUCAUUCUAAGAGUAGAUCUCGGUCUAGGUCUGGCUCCCAUUCCCGGAGCAAGAGUCGUAGCCGCAGUCAGAGCCGCAGCCGGAGCAAGAAGGAAAAAAGCCGCAGCCCCAGCAAGGACGACAAGAGUCGCAGCCGGAGCCGCAGUGCAGACAAGCGCCGCAGCAAGAGUAAAGACCAAGUUGAAGAGAAGAUUCAGAACAACGACAAUACCAGGAAGUCCAAGAGCAGGAGUCCCAGUCGGCAUAAAAGCAAAAGUAAAAGCCGAAGCAGGAGUCAAGAGCGGAGAGUGGAAGAGGAGAAGCGCAGGAGCAAGAGCAAGGAGAAGAGCCGGAGUCAGGAGAAAGGCCUCCGCAGGAGCAGGAGCAAGGGAGGCAGCCGGAGCCGCAGCAGGAGCCGCAGCAAAAGCAAGGAUAAGAGGAAGGGGAGGAAGAGAAGCCGGGAGGAGAGCCGUAGUCGCAGCCGCAGUCGCAGCCGCAGCCGUAGCCGCAGCAAGAGCAAGAGGAGCCGAAAACAUGGCAGCAAGCGAGACAGCAAGUCAAGCAGCAGCAGCGAGAAGAAAAAGAAGGAAGAUGCCGACCGCUCCCAGUCCAGGUCACGGUCCCGCUCGGUGUCAAAGGAGCGGGAACGUGCCAAGUCCGAGUCUGGCCAGAGGGAAGGUGGAGGGGAGAGCAAGGAUGCUAGCACCAACCAGGAGACCCGGUCCCGGUCCAGGUCCAACUCUAAAUCCAAACCAAAUCUCCCGUCAGAAUCACGCUCCAGAUCAAAGUCUGCUUCAAAAACCCGAUCUCGGUCCAAGUCUAGAUCCAGGUCUGCAUCCAGAUCACCUUCCCGGUCUAGAUCUAGAUCCCACUCAAGAUCCUAACGGGCUACUACCACAGCUGGAACUACCCGAGAAGUUUUGUACAUGUUUGGUAGCCGUAGCACAAGUGAUUGAAGUAGAACAUACGUCACUGCUGUACAUUUUUAACUCCCCUAAUGGUGUGUCUACAAUUGUUAAAUCUAAGUGCUUCCUCCGUAAAGCCUCCUGGCGCCAGGCCUUCCUGCUCGACUGAAAACAAUCUUCUCUUUGAAAACCCCCUUUCCUCGUGGUCCACAGUAGAAUAUCCAAAAUGCCUUGGCUUUCAGGCCUGGCAUUUCUUACAGGGAGCUCAGUACCUGGACGAGUCUAAGGCUGGAAUGAUGACAUAGGUAGGUAUGGUGAGUUCAACCAUUUUUGCCCUUGAAUUGAUGCCCUUUGAUGUAUGCCAUUUAGUGAAAGUGCUAAGUCUUAAGUUUCCUACCACUUUGGUUUCAUAUUUUUGGACUUACAAAGUUGUGAAUAGCACAGUCAAGGAAAAUUGAUAUCUGCAGUAACCCAUAGGAAACAAACUCUAGAGUUCCAUAUUCUGGUAUUGUGAUUAUAUUGUUUUAUAUUAAGAAAAUAAAAGAAAAUAAUUUUUUUUAAUUUUAUUUUUCCCCGUCUUGCAAAGUAUAGUGACCCCUGUUUCCAUUAAAUUUGAAUAAAGACUAUUUUUGCUUGA